AUGUCCCAGCAACACCAAGCCGUCCAGGCAUCCCUCACCAAGUCCGCAACCUUCCUCGUCCUCACCAUCAACCCCUCGUCCCCCUCCGCUACGAAGACGGUCCGCUCCGUCCUCGCCUCCGUCGCCGACCUCGCCAAAAACGUGUCCCUGCGCGACCUCAACUCGCACUUCUCCUGCGCCGUCGGCAUCGGCUCCGACGCCUGGGACGCCCUCACCGCGGGCACCGGCCUCCACCGCCCCGCCGAGCUGCGGCCCUUCCGCCCCAUCAGCGGCGCGCGCCACACCGCCGUGGCCACGCCGGGCGACCUGCUGUUCCACAUCCGCGCCGACCGCCGCGACAUCUGCUUCGAGUUUGAGCGCCAGCUGCUGUGCAAGCUCGGCGAUGCGGCCGCCGUCGUCGACGACACGCAGGGCUUCCGCUACUUUGACGCGCGCGACCUGCUCGGCUUCGUCGACGGCACCGCCAACCCGGUGGGCCCCGACGUGCCCGACGCCGUGCUCAUCGCCGACGAGGACGCCCCCUGCGCCGGCGGCAGCUACGUCGUCGUGCAAAAGUACGUCCACGACAUGGCCGGCUGGGGCCGCCUCUCGACCGAGGCCCAGGAGGCCAUCAUCGGCCGCACCAAGCUGGACAACAUGGAGCUCGACGACCGGCCCGACGGCCACCAGCAGGCGCACAAGACGCUCGCCACCAUCGAGGACGAGCACGGCAACGAGCACGGCAUCCUGCGCGACAACAUGCCCUUUGGCUCGCCCGGCUCCGGCGUCUUUGGCACCUACUUCAUCGGCUACUCGCGCCGCCUGUGGGUGAUUGAGAAGAUGCUGGAGCGCAUGUUUGUGGGCCAUCCGCCGGGCAAGCACGACCGCAUUCUGGAUUUCUCGACGGCCUUGACGGGCACGACGUUUUAUGCUCCGCCGGCGUCGGUGUUGGACAGGCUUGGUGAAGACUAG